UCGACUCGUCCUCACUUCAGAUGUGGCGUUGGGGUUAGACGGGUCUGAUUCGUCAGUCGGCUCGUCCUCACUUCAGAUGUGGCGUUGGGGUUAGACGGGUCUGAUUCGUCAGUCGAAUCGUCCUCACUUCAGAUGUGGCGUUGGGGUUAGACGGGUCUGAUUCGUCAGUCGACUCGUCCUCACUUCAGAUGUGGCGUUGGGGUUAGACGGGUCUGAUACGUCAGUCGAAUCGUCCUCACUUCAGAUGUGUCGUUGGGGUUAGACGGGUCUGAUUCGUCAGUCGACUCGUCCCCACUUCAGAUGUGGCGUUGGGGUUAGACGGGUCUGAUUCGUCAGUCGACUCGUCCUCACUUCAGAUGUGGCGUUGGGGUUAGACGGGUCUGAUUCGUCAGUCGAACCGUCCUCACUUCAGAUGUGGCGUUGGGGUUAGACGGGUCUGAUUCGUCAGUCGACUCGUCCUCACUUCAGAUGUGGCGUUGGGGUUAGACGGGUCUGAUACGUCAGUCGAAUCGUCCUCACUUCAGAUGUGGCGUUGGGGUUAGACGGGUCUGAUUCGUCAGUCGACUCGUCCUCACUUCAGAUGUGUCGUUGGGGUUAGACGGGUCUGAUUCGUCAGUCGACACGUCCUCACUUCAGAUGGUUAGGGUUAUAAUAUGGUUUUUUUAUUUUAUUAGGGGGAAUUAUCUCGAUGUAUUUUUUUAGCCGGAAGUUGAUAAAUUGAGGAAUUUUGAUUUCAAGUUUCGAAUUUUCAAAAAAGAAAAAAAAAAUAAACGUAAAAUUAAAUAAAGAAAUAAUUUUUUUUCUGAAUUUUAUCCCAUCCAAACCCUAAGACUUAACCUAUCAACUAUCAUCAUUAUCAAAAUCCCCAAAAUAAACCAACUACAAAAGAAAUGUUACACGAAUGCUUGUAGCCUCAAACAAACCCCGAAAAUAAAUUUUCUAAAGACCAAUUUUUUUUAUUACUUUAAAGAAUUAAAAUUAAACAACACUUUCGGCACGCGAAGUAAAUACUUCUCGAUUUCCCUCAUUGAACCACUUUUCAGUAAACAGUUUAUUUAUCUUGACCGCAGAGAGUGUAAUAUUUACUCUUCGACUGACGUAUUUUCUUACUUCUUAUUAAACUAAUGAUCUAUAUUUAGCACUUUCUAGUUUAAAAAUAUACCGCUUAAUCAUCGGCUAUGUUAAAAAUAACUGCUCAUGGCAAAAUGUCUGUUUACAGUAGCUGUCAAAAGCAAUUAGGGAAAAAUAAUUCGUAAAGCGUGUCAAGUUAGAAUCUUUACAUUUUUUUCAAAUUUUAAUCAUUCAGAUUUUUCUCAGCGCUUCGGGUGGUUUUGGCGAGCGUUUAAUAAAAUGUGGAUAUUCGUUAAACAUCCUUGUAUGCUAUCGUGCCCCGCUGCGCUCAAAUGUUCUUCAGUAAAACCCUGUUGUGGUAUCGCAUAAUAGGACAUGCAAGCGUUGGACCAGACUUGGAGUUAGAGAUUCACGAAUCAGCAUGCUAUUUGCGUGAUCACUUUUCAAAACGGCUAAAAGGGAUAUACUUCCAAUAUACAACACACAAAACUUUUUCACAAAUAACACACUAAUCUUGGAAUCAUAAGGAUUCAAUAUUAAAAGUCUGCUCAUAAUGGGUAAGUAGGGCAUCACAAGUUUUUCGUGAUCUGCUCACCAGGCAUGCGCAGUGGAUUCCAGCUGUGUAACCCAUGAAAACAUUUGGAGAUUUGCGAACUCAGUCGUCUAUGCAGUAUUGAUCUGAAUAUUUCAUCGUCGUUACAAUCCAGCUUUGUAUAAAUUCUGAAGCGCUAGGAGCAGAGAGCUUUAAGAGGGUGUUCUUCUUGAAAGGUGUUCAGUGAAGUAGCACAUUGUGUGGAUUUCUUAUCAAGAUGGGGAGAAGAAAAAGAAAAAGCAAUAGCGAGAAAAGGAUCGAGGAACUUUACGAGAAAACACUCAAAGAUGCAAAAGAAGGGAAAUCUUUGUACCAAACAAUCAACGUGGACACAAGACAAGCCGACGGCCCUUGUUGCAACACGGCAGUCGAGGAUGUGCGAAAACUACGAAAACGGCCCGAGCAAAUAUUAGAGGAGGCAAUUAAGAAACAGCAAGAACAACGCAAACAACGCGGAACGCUGUCAGUUCCUGUUUCACGUCUUAUUCCCUUCAGGAAUGAUCGCCGAGGGUUGAACUUUCCACAGGACUUCCGCCGCGACGAAUCGUCUCUAUCGUGGGUUCCACGCCGCGCAAGCUUGCCCUCGCCUUGCGGUAUAAGCGAGUACGAGCGACUCUUGUGGGGCGAGCAGAGCGAACAAGGGCUAGACACUCCUGCUAGUGAGCCGUCGGACUGCGAGGAGUUCACGGUUGAGGAUACUUUACACGUUAUGCCGCUGAGACCCAGCAGCAGCGCGGAGUUCGAGUUUCCAACAAGCGCUGCACAGUCUGUCAGUCGAUUACCGCCUAUCUACCGACGCGCAGAGUGGGCACAAACCGUUCACCGCGCGAGGAGUCGGUCCAUUCCCGCGCGUGUAGAGUCCGUGGCGGCUGAGGGCGGUGCGGAAACUUUAGUAGUAGGCAAACAGGAGUUGUUCUUACGCGAAACGCACGGGAAAGGGAUGAGUUUAGCGGAAACACGCACUCGUAUACGCAAGAAAAUCAACGUGUCACUAUCGUCAGAGGUCUGAUAGAAACACACAUAGGCAAGAAAAUCAACAUGACGAUAUUGUUUUUUUUUUUUUGCAAUCUUAUUUUACUGGUAACUAUACUUAUAACGAUAAUGAGCCAUGGUUAUAUCGAAAUAGUGCAAAGAUGUGCAAUACUAUUGUAAAUUUUGAAUAAUUUUAUCAAAACUAUCGUGGAAUUUAAAGUAAUAUUCCACGAAAUGAA